AUGAAUCAAAUAUAAAAUACAAACAAUCUAAAUCCAGAAUUAUUUUCAGCACCUAAAGGUAUCAAAAUAUAAAUAAUUGAUCCUAUUAUUAAAAUGGAAGAUGAUUUAAAAAAUAUCAGGUUAUCAAUCAAUGAAGCUACAUUUAGAGAAUAGGAUACAAAUUAGCUUUAAUUAUAAUAACAGAGUUUAUUAUAGAAUUUAGAAGAAAAAUAUUAAUAACUUUAAAUUUGUAUGAGAGAAGUAAUGCAAAAAUUUAUGAGUUAUGAAAAUAAGAAUUUUAUUAGAUUGAAUGAAAAUUAUUAUGGUAAUAAUCAAAGAAUCAAAAAUAUCAUGCGUGAAUUAUCUCAGAUGUUUAAUGUACAUUUCUUAGAAAUAGGAGUCUCUUAAAGGGACAUUAUAAUCUGCAAGUAGAGAAGACCAAAUGAUCGAUAUGAUAUAUAAACUUAAUAACCCAGAAGAUAAAUUCAUGGAGAGUAAAACUAAGCUGAAUAAUAAGUUAUUACUUAACCUUAAAUUAUUGAACAGUUAUUUGAUUAAAUUAAAUAACCAUUACCACCUGAUAUUAUAAGAGAAAUAUUUAUAUAAAAUGUUCCUUAAGAUUAAUAUUGUAUUAAUAUUAGUUUCAAUAAACCAGAAGAAUUUGGAUGUGAAAUAACUCUUUAUAGGAUUUAUUAAUUAGAUAUAUAUGAUUAAUCAUUAUCAUUGUAACCAGCAAAAAGAAUUGUAAUUGAAUUUGGAAAUAAUAAAGAAUAAGUAUAAUAGUAAAAAUUAACCUUUACAAGAAAUCAUCCAUUAAAUAAAGGUGAAUUACCAUUCAAUGAAAUGAUAUACCUAUCCAUAGAAGCUUAAAAUAAAAAUGGGUGGUCUUCUGAACUUGAAUUGUUUCCAAUCAAAUUAUAUGUUAAAUAUUAAGAACCUCUUUCUCUUUUUUUAUAAGGAACAAUUAAUUCUAUUUUAAUUAAUGAUACAAUACAAUUUUUAGAAUUAUUCUAAAUACCAUAAAUAAUAGAUGAGGAAGAUAAAAGUUAUCUAUUAAUUGAAGAUUAUAGUUUAGUAUUGUUGGAAAGAUAACAAAUAAGAAAUGUAUCAAUAAAAAAAGAGUAUAUGUUUAUAUGAGUCUUAGUACAGUGGCAAUGGUGAAUACUAGAUUUCAGGCCUGUUAAUGGGGUAGCAUACUUAAUUUUUAUGAUGAAACCAUUACUUAACAUUUUGAUGUAGAUCCUAUCAAAGAUUUUGAUAUUAGUCCACCAUAUCAUAUUAAUACAGAUAGAGCAAUUACUAAAAUAGCUUGUGGAUUAUAUCAUUCAUUAGCACUCACUGUUGAUGGUAAUGUUUUAUCAUGGGGAUUCAAUAAACAUGGUUAAUUAGGAAAUGGUAAAAAUAAUAAAAUAAUAUAAAAUAGGAAUGACUAUUAGUUCUAUAUAACCUUAAUAAAUCUCUUAUUUCAAGAAUAAUUAGAUAUUUGUAGUUGAUAUUUCUGCUGGGGAAGAAAUUUCAAUAUGCAGAUCUGAUUUAGGUGAUGUUUAUACUUGGGGUAAGAUGUAAAAUAUGUUUGGGGAUAAUAUUAUUAAAGUAUUGAAUGCUUAGAAAGAAGCUAUUAAUUUAUAAUGUGUUGAAUAAUCAAAUUCCUAAUUGGUUCCAAGAAAAAUAAAUCUUAAGGCAAAAUAAAUUUAGGCAGGUUAUUCUUGUUUUGGAGCACUUUCCUUAGAAAACAAUUUUUAUAUGUGGGGUUCUAAUGAACAUGAAGUUUUUGGAUUUCUAAAAUGCCCAGAAUUGGAUGAUCAAAUUAUUGUUCAUUUAUUAGAUCCAAUUAGAAUUAAUAUUGAAAAUGAAUAUGAAAUUAAGUAUAUAUAAUAUUCCUAUCAUUUUAGAGAUUUUUAACUUGGUGCUUAUCAUUGUGUAAUAAGAGUUAUAUGUAAAAGUAAUUAAAGUGAACAAUUUCUUUCUUGGGGAUAUAAUAAAUAUUAUUAAUGUGGAUAAUCUGCAAGUAAUAAAAAUGCAGCUAAAUCUUGUAAGAAAAAUUAAAUAGAGUAAGUAUAUAAAGAUUUAUAAAUAUAGUCUUUUGCCAUAAAAGAAAUUUAAAUCUUAUAGCUGUGGUUUUGAUAGAUCUGUCUUUGCCUCAUAUGAUAAUCAUAUAUAUACAUUAUCAAAAAAUGAUACAAAGAACAAUGAUUGUUCUGUUUUUGUAGAAGUAAUUAAUUAAUAUUUUUUAAGGAAGUCAUGGCUGGAGAUCUAAUUACAUUAGUGUUAGGAAGAGAAUGA